AUGAACAUGUUCUCUCCACUGACGAAGAGAGCUAAUCAGAGCUCUCGCAAUGACAGAACUCCACGCCCUCGAGUCGCUCCGCCGGAUUCUCCAGUUACUCCGGCAACCAACAAUCGCCGCGAAUUGGCUCACCGUGACAGUUUCAUCUCAGAUCGUCCCUCCACGGGAACUCCUUCUCCGUGGGCUCCUCGUUUGUCUGUUCUCGCUAGAGCUUCUCCUGGUGAAAAAGGAGAUGACACAGACCAAUUAAAGCCUGUAUUCGUUGGAGAAUUUCCCCAAUUGGUACGAGAUGAACAAAGCUGCUUCUCCACGAAGAAUAGUCAUCCAGGUUAUGUAUGUGUAUCCGGUGGAAUGGACAAAGAAACCUGCCUUUCUUGGUUUAUUACUGCAAGUAAACUUUUUGUAUGGAGUCACUUGACAACCUUACCAUCAAGGAGAUGUGUUGUUCUUGACAUUCCUUUGGCCAAUGAAAAUCCUGCUAGUGCUUCACAAGAUGGUAGAAGCUGGUUGGUUAGUGUCGUCCCUUGGGAUACCUCUGCUGGUGCAGCUACCAGGGCUGCUCGAUCUCGCAGUCCUGUUGGUAUUGUUAUGUGUAACAGAAAAACUCGAGCUGUUGUAUACUGGCCAGACAUCUUUUCUGGGCAGGAAGCUGCCCCUGUUACUAAUCUUGGAUCUUCUGACGAAAAAUCCUCAUCAUUCAGCAAGCCACAAAGCAAUGGAAUGAGAAGCACUAGAGCAGGAUUUAGUGAUCUUAAUUCUUUGAUUACUACACCUGUUGGUACAAUUGAGCGCCUUUGUAUUGCCAUUGUGUGCAGUUCUAAUGGUGAACUAUGGCAAUUUACUUGCAGCCCUACAGACGUUAAAAGUAAUCAUGUACACUUGAACGUCAUCUCUUCCUCUAUAAGUGAAGGGUAUCCUAGGUCCCUGAUCUGGCGUUUUUCGCAAGGAUUGGCAAGAGAGUCUUGUUGGCAGUUUUUCCUGUUGACAGAUUGUGACAUACAAUGUUUUACCAUUGAACCUUAUCCUGCUCUGACCAUUUCGAAAGUCUGGCGUCAUGAGAUUGUUGGCACUGAUGGUGAUUCAGGUAUCAAGAAAGACAUAGCAAGUCAAAAGCAAAUUUGGCCGCUAGAUUUGCAGGUGGAUGAUCAGGGUAAUGUGAUUACUGUUCUUGUUGCCACUAUCUGCAUGGACCGCGCUAGCAGUUCAAGCUAUACUCAAUAUUCGCUUUUAACCUUGCAACAUAGAUCUGAGAUGAGAUUUCCGGAUGGGAGAGAGGAAAGGGUUCUCGAGAAACAGGCUCCAAUACAAGUCAUAAUCCCAAAAGCAAGAGUAGAGGACAAAGACUUCUUAUUCUCUAUGAAACUCAGAAUUGGUGGUAGACCCCCAGGGUCCGCUAUAAUUCUUUCAGGUGAUGGGACAGCCACAGUCUGCUACUGUCAUGGUAAUUCUACCCGGCUCUAUAAGUUUGAUCUACCUUUUGAUGCUGGAAAGGUCUUGGAUGCUUCUGUUCUUUCCCCAACUGAUGAACAUGAAUAUGGUGCAUGGACUGUGCUAACUGAGAAAGCUGGAGUGUGGGCUAUACCGGAGAAAGCAGUCGUGCUUGGUGGAGUUGAACCUCCAGAGCGAAGUUUGUCACGCAAAGGGAGCUCCAAUGAGAGGUUACGCGAUGAGACAAGGGGCACACCAUAUGGCAUUGCUAGAACUGCGAGAUGGGAGAAUUCGGAUUUACGGAAUAGUGGAGACAAAGGAAACCCUAAAAUGGGAUUUGCUCGUCAAACAGCCCAUGAGGAAGAAUCAGAAGCUUUGCUUGGCCAGCUCUUUGAGGAUUUUCUGCUAUCUGGGAGAGUUGAUGGAUCCCUGGAGAAGCUUAGUCAAUCUGGUGCAUUUGAUAGAGAUGGAGAGACCAAUGUUUUUACUCGCAAAAGUAAAUCUAUAGUUGACACAUUAGCUAAGCAUUGGACAACAACUAGAGGUGCUGAGAUAGUAGCUAUGACUGUUAUAUCUGCACAAUUGGUCGAGAAACAACAGAAGCAUGAGAAUUUUUUACACUUUCUUGCUCUAUCCAAAUGCCAUGAGGAGUUGUGUUCUAAACAGAGACAUUCUUUGCAAAUAAUUCUGGAAAAUGGUGAAAAACUUGCUGCAAUGAUUCAACUCCGAGAACUGCAAAAUUUGAUUAACCAGCGCCGCUCAGCUAGAUUUGGCUCGCCGCAUCCUGGCUCAGAGGAUCAAGUUUCAUGUGCCCUUUGGGAUCUUAUUCAAUUUGUAGGGGAGAGAGCCCGGCGAAAUACAGUUCUUUUGAUGGACAGAGAUAAUUCUGAAGUUUUCUACAGCAAGGUAUCUGAACUUGAGGAAGUAUUUCAUUGCCUGAAUAGGCAACUAGAAUACAUAAUCGGAGCUGAACAACCACUGGGAAUUCAAGUUCAGAAAGCCUGUGAACUCUCAAACGCAUGUGCUACAAUUCUUCAGACUGCCUUUGAUUAUAAAAAUGAGCAUCAGAUGUGGUAUCCACCACUUGAAGGGUUAAUACCUUGGCACUCCCAGCCUGUUGUAUGUGAUGGACUGUGGUGCAUUGCUUCCUUUAUGCUUCGCCUGUUAACUGAAGCUUCUAGGAUUGAUAUCUCUGCUAAAUCAGAUGUAUACAUGCAUCUCGAAGUGCUAAAUGAAGUUUUACUAGAAGCUUGUGCUAGUUCUACCACUGCUAAAUUGGAGCGAGAAGAAGAAAACAAAGGUUUGCUUGAUGAAUACUGGACUCGGCGGGACACCAUUUUUGACUGUCUUUAUCAACAAGCUAAAGAGUUUAUGGAAGCAGAUUUCCAGGGCGUCAACGAAAGAACUGAAAAGACAGAUGAAGAUAUAUUCAGAAACCGUUGUUCAAAUUUGCUUUCCGUUGCUAAACGACAUGCAGGCUAUAAAAUUAUGUGGAGGAUAUGUUAUGAUCUCAAUGACACAGGGCUGCUGAGAAACUUGAUGCACGAAGGUGUGGGACCACAAGGAGGGUUCAGUUACUUUGUGUUCCAGCAACUCUAUACUAUGAAACAGUUCACUAAGCUUCUGCGGCUUGGAGAAGAAUUCCAGGAUGAGCUAUUGAUAUUUCUAAAGCGCCAUUCUGAUCUGCUGUGGCUCCAUCAGGUGUUUCUUCAUCAAUUCUCAUCUGCCUCUGACACUCUUCAUGCAUUGGCUCUAGCACAAGAUGAAGAGUCUAUGACAACUACUGAAGAAAGAACGGUGCCAGAACCUGAAGAUAUACAACCAACAUUUGCAGACCGCAAGCGGUUUUUGAACCUUUCAAAGAUAGCCUAUGUGGCAGAUAAGGAUGCUGAUUCCGAAUCGAAAGUGAAGCGCAUUGAGGCUGACCUCAAGUUACUGAAGCUGCAGGAAGAACUAACAAAAGCUCUUCCAAGAAGCCGGCUGGUCCCACCCGAGGAGCUCAUUGAAAUCUGUCUUGGUAUCAAGGGCCGAUGGGCAGCUAUAAAGGCUUUUGAGGUGUUUGCAUGGACCAGCUGUACGUUCCGUGAGAAUCAUAAGAGUCUCUUGGAAAAAUGCUGGAGAAAUGCAGCUAAUCAAGACGAGUGGGAGGAGCUCCAUCAAGCCUCUAAUAAUGAAGGUUGGAGCGACAAAGAAAUAUUACAGAAUCUAAGGAACACGGCGCUUUUCCAGGCUUCCAAAAGGUGUUACGGACCAACCCGAGUGAACACUUUUGAUGGGGAAUUCACACAAGUCCUUCCCUUAAGACGAGAGAAUCUUGAGGAUUCAACUUCUUCGGUAGAGGACGUGUUGAUGAUCCACAAAGAUUUCGCUGAGGCGGGGAAACUGAUGUUAACUGCAAUCAUGCUGGGUUGUGUAGAAGAAGAAGGUAUCGUAGCAGAAGAUCACUCAUCUCCAAUGGAGUAA